UCAUGUCAGAGCAAAAACCCAUUUCUAAAGGAUAACUCGAUCAAACACAGCCAUGAACUGACCCCCUCGACACCUCCAUCUACCAAAACUAUGUCAAUUUCAAUGGCACUGUUCUCUCCUCCCCCGCCUACCCACCUCUUGCGAUCCCUCUCUUCCAAACCAAGUGUUACCCACAAACCUUCUCUCUUUUUUAGAAACACAAACCCUAUCCUUUUCUCGUCUCCAAAAGCCUCCACGGAGAACGGUGCUGGAAUUUCAGCCGCCGUAGAGGAACCAAAAGCGGAGCAAAAGGUUGCCGAGCCUGCUGCCUCUAUGGAGACUGAACAGAGCUCUUUGGGGUCUAAUGGAGCGGUGGCGGAUGCAGGGGUGAAGCUGGAAAGUAAGUUUGUGGACCCUAGAUGGAUUGGAGGUACUUGGGACUUGAAGCAAUUUCAGAAAGAUGGGAAAACUGAUUGGGAUGCUGUUAUUGAUGCUGAGGCUAGGAGGAGAAAAUGGCUUGAGGGUAAUCCAGAAUCAUCCAGCAAUGAAGAUCUUGUAGUUUUCGACACCUCAAUCAUUCCAUGGUGGGCGUGGAUAAAAAGAUACCAUCUACCUGAAGCAGAACUACUUAAUGGCCGUGCUGCGAUGAUCGGGUUCUUUAUGGCUUACUUUGUGGAUAGUUUGACCGGUGUUGGUCUAGUUGAUCAAAUGAGCAACUUCUUCUGCAAGACAUUAUUGUUCAUAGCUGUGGCUGGAGUACUUCUAAUCCGAAAGAAUGAGGAUAUAGAAACUCUAAAAAAGUUGCUGGACGAGACAACCUUUUAUGACAAGCAAUGGCAAGCAACCUGGCAGGAUGAGACCCCUAGCAGUUCCAAAACUGAGUAGAUAGAAGUUGUUUUGCCCUGGUAAGGUUUAAUUGUUGUAUUCAAUUCUCAUUUACGUGGUUUGUAAUUGUGUAUUUGCAGAGGGGAACAAGAUUUAUUUUUGGUCCCACUUUAAUCAAGGUUUUAUUAAGGAAGCA